GUACCCUUGCAGCCUGGCCAGUCUUUCAAGUUCACAGUCCUGGAAACUCUGGACCGAAUCAAGGAGGAAUUCCAGUUCCUCCAGGCCCAGUAUCACAGCCUGAAGCUGGAGUGUGAGAAGCUGGCCAGUGAGAAGACGGAGAUGCAGAGGCACUACAUCAUGUACUAUGAGAUGUCCUACGGUCUCAACAUUGAGAUGCAUAAGCAGGCGGAGAUUGUCAAGCGUCUCAGUGCCAUCUGUGCUCAGAUCAUCCCCUUCCUCUCUCAAGAGCACCAGCAACAAGUGGUCCAAGCAGUGGAGAGAGCCAAGCAGGUCACCAUGGCAGAACUCAACGCCAUUAUCGGGCAGCAGCAGCUCCAGCACCUGUCUCACCACGCCCCCGGCAUUCCCCUGACACCACACCCGUCAGGCCUGUCCCUGGGCGCGGGAGGAUCGGGGCUCCUGGCGCUGACCGGGGCCCUGGGGGUCUCAGCCCACCUUGCAUCCAAAGAUGAGCGCAACCACCUCGACGCUGAACAUCUUCGAGAGGGAGCACCCAGCAGGAGUAAGUCAGUGUCAUCAACAGACAGUCAGCCCACUGAGGAGCGGCAGGGCCCGUCAGGAGGCUACUCCUCCUCACAGGGAGGAGCUGAGGCCAAGCGGAGGCGCUGUGAUGACAAAGAGCCUCUUCAACCACACUCCUAUGACAGUGAUGGGGACAAAAGUGAAGACAAUCUUGUGGUGGACGUCUCCAAUGAGGAGCCAAACUCUCCCCCAGGCACCCCUCCUCACUCCCCACACGGGAACGGUUUAGACCGGGCCCCCACCUUAAGGAAAGAGCUGCCGGGCUGCUCGAGCACAGGAGAGGCCCCCUCCACCCCGAAUCCCCGCAGCCCCACCCCAGGCAAGGCCAAGGACCUUUCACAGAUGGAUAAGUCCCAGUCUCCAUUGUCUAAGUCUGGCACCCCGUCCCCUUCCCACCGUGAGGCCCUUACCCCAGGAACCCCUGGAGCUCCUGGUCCUAGCACCUCCUGCCUUCGUCUGGUCAGCAAAGCAGCCACCAGUGCAGACCCCCUCGCUCUCCGCAGUCCCAUGUCUUUGCCCUCCGGUUCAUACCCAGCUCAUUUUGGCGUGGUGUCCCACGCAGGACUGAACGGGGAGCUGGCCAGCCCAGGAGGUUUCGGCGGGGCUCUAACUCUGUCCCCACAAAUCAGUGCGGCAGCCAGUGCCUACUCCCGAAGCCCCAUGGUGGCGUAUGAGUCUCGAUCUCACCUCAGAGCACCAGGGCUGUCCUCUUCUCUGCCUGGCUCCUCUGGAGGAAAGCCCGCCUACUCGUUCCAUGUGAGCGCAGACGGCCAGAUGCAGCCGGUGCCCUUUCCCCCCGACGCCUUGCUGGGCCCGGGAAUCCCUCGCCACGCACGUCAGAUCCACACCCUGAACCACGGGGAGGUGGUGUGCGCCGUCACCAUCAGCACCUCCACACGACACGUCUACACUGGAGGGAAGGGCUGCGUCAAGGUGUGGGACAUCAGCCAGCCGGGCAGCAAGAGCCCCAUGGCCCAGCUGGACUGUCUGAACAGGGACAACUACAUCCGCUCCUGUAAAAUCCUCCCCGACGGGCGAACCCUGAUCGUCGGCGGGGAGGCCAGCACGCUGUCCAUCUGGGAUUUGGCCACGCCCACCCCCCGCAUCAAGGCGGAGCUGACGUCGUCCGCCCCCGCCUGCUACGCCCUGGCCAUCUCCCCCGACAACAAGGUCUGCUUCUCCUGCUGCAGCGACGGCAACAUCGUCGUCUGGGACCUUCACAACCAGACGCUGGUCAGGCAGUUCCAGGGCCACACAGACGGAGCGAGCUGCAUCGACAUCUCCAACGACGGCACCAAGCUGUGGACGGGGGGGCUGGACAACACGGUGCGCUGCUGGGACCUCCGAGAGGGACGGCAGCUGCAGCAGCAUGACUUCACCUCGCAGAUCUUCUCUCUGGGCUACUGUCCGACAGGCGAGUGGCUGGCUGUGGGAAUGGAGAGCAGCAACGUGGAAGUCCUGCACGUCUCCAAACCUGACAAGUACCAGCUGCACCUCCACGAGAGCUGCGUCCUCUCCCUCAAGUUUGCCUCCUGCGGCAAGUGGUUCGUGAGCACAGGAAAAGACAAUCUGUUGAAUGCAUGGAGGACACCAUAUGGAGCUAGUAUUUUCCAGUCCAAGGAGUCCUCAUCCGUGCUGAGCUGCGACGUCUCCCCGGACGAUAAGUACAUAGUGACGGGCUCCGGGGACAAGAAGGCCACGGUGUACGAGGUGGUGUACUGAGGGCCGGGACGAGAUGGCGAGGGGCAGGACGGAGACUUUGGGGGGGUGAUUGAGAAGAUGCACCCAGUUGCCAACUGCUACCAAUCUUCAUUACAUCAUCAUCGACAGCAGCAGCGGCCCCUCUGUCUCAGUCCUCUUGAGUCCUUCUGACCCUCACCCCUAAUACAUCUCCCCUCUCCCCCUUUUUGCUGUGAUAUAAGCUACUGUAGAAGCUCCCUAAUGCCCCCUCCCCUCGUCCGCCUUCCACUUUGAGCCCAAGGAUGAGGCAUGAUAGCGUACAGAGAGAGAGAGAGAGGAGAAACAGCGAGAUAAGGAGGACAAAGGAAAAGAGCAGUGGAGCAUAAAGAUAAGGUCGGGAGGAGAAAGGAGGGAAAAAUGAGAAGAAAGCGAGAGUGCGGAAGGAAGAGGGAAUAAAUGGGAGGAAGAGGAGGACAAAAAGAAGAAGGAGGAGGAGGCAGGCAGGCUAAUUAGGGCUGUUUCCAGAUUAAGAGCUCCGUGGAAGGGAGGCCCCCAGAGGAGGCGCGGAGUGGCACUGUGGGAGCGCCAGCCAGGAGCACUGAUACCACACAAUCGAUUCAUUAGCCAGACAGAGGAAGCCUUAAUGAGGCUGACGCCGCAGCGAGAGGUGUCAGGAGCUGGGGAACGAUGACGCUCGGAGAUGGAGGGGGCCGCUUCAGAUAUCCACAUACAUGAGACAUAGGCCCUGCUCACAAUACACACACGAACACACACACGCUUGGGUACAUCCCCUUGAGGUAACCGUAGGAAGAGAGAAACACACACACACAACACACAGAGCACCCAAUUAAACAUUCAUCGCCGCGCUCCCUGUCUCACUGCUUAAUAUCUAUUUUAUUUCUGUCUGACAAAGGCAGCGUCUUAAUGAGCAGCCGAGUCAAUGGGAUCCUCCCGGGGCCCCGAGACACAAACAGGGAACAUCAGCCGAGCUGUUCCCUCUAAUUCCUCCGGAUUGUUCUCCUGACACCGGGCACCGCUCUCACUCUCAUUACAGGCACUGUCGGCCCGGUGACGUAGCACCGCGCGGCAACUUCACUGUCAGGCAAACAAGAGGCAAAUUAACACCACCCUGCCGCGCUGUCAUCAGCAGCCAACCACGCCGCGACUAAUCCGACUCCUUUCAAACCGCACGCAACACGUGGCUGCUUCUAUUCACCGAUGAGAUCACAUGUUUGGUGGAGUCGUUAUCCGCGUCACCGCCUGUCUGAUGAGGAGCCAGUGCUCAAAGUGCUCUGGACCAAUAUUUGACAAGCUGUUGAUUGAUGUGAGUUGAAAUGCUCAACACCUUAACGGAAACAUUUCGUUAAAUAUUCUUCACGGCUUUCUUGCUGAUAUUGAGAUGAGCAGACUGACACCACUCUCAUGUGUGUGCUUAGUAUGAAGCCACUGCUAGCGGCCUGCUCUCUUAGCUUAGCAUAAGGACUGAGAAGCAGGCAGCUUAGUGCUAACUGAGCAAACAACCAAUCCCAGCACCUCAACGAUCAAUAACUAAAACAAAUACAAAAGUGUCAAAUUUAACAAAUCGCCCACUUUUUUUUGGUCAGGCCCAGUUGCCUGGCAACCACAUCCCUAACCACAGACUGUAAAUAAAGAUGGACGACACAUCUCCAUUUCCUCCUGUUGUACAAAGAUUUUGCAAAAACAUCUCAGAUAGGGGCACGGCCAUCUUGUCCUUUUGACGUCAGCGUCUCUAAAGAAGCAAGAUCCACGCCAUGUACACACUCGACCAAUAGUGUGUCAGUCUAAGCUGUCAAUCAUGACGUUAACCACGAUUUUAUAGCAUAAAAUCAAAUUAUAAAGAAAAUAAUCAGUAAAAGCGAGAACUUGAACCAGUUUCAUAAGUACUACCUAAAAUGACAGUUUGAGUUUGGUCCAGGCCCCAUAAGCUAACAUGGAGGAGGCAGGGUAUAUUAACUAUACAGCUGCCAGCCAGGAGGGGGCGAACAGGGGGGGUGGCUUCACUUUUGGGGGAGCUGUCAUGUCGUCCUUCUUUAUAAACAAACCUUCUGAACUUCUGGAUAGAGCCAAUCCAAUCUGUGAGCUGAGGUAGGUCAGCUGCUGGCUUCUUACUUACAGACAUGAGAGAGGACUCAGUCGUCUCUUCCAACUCGAUGAAACAAAGCCAAUGAGCAUUUUUCCCAAAGCGCCAUUUUUUUCCUCUAAACCUUUUUCUUACUUUUGAAUGGUCCUUGUAUCAAACUCUAAACUGGCAGGCGAACAGUAAAUCAGAGCUCUGCUUCUUUAGAACAUCCGU